AAGAAACGCUUCGACAACAGUGACGUGGUGGGGGACAACAGGUUAGCUCCUACUGGCACUGACAGAAGUCCGGUUAGCUGUUGUCCGACCGAGCCAGAAGCCGCGAUGACGUCACUCCAGAGCCUGCGACAGCUCAUCAACGAGCGGCUGACCGCGACGGUGCAGGAAAUCUUCGGACUCUUCCAGCAAACUGUCGUGGAGUUGGAGACGGAGCUGGAGCGUCGGCAGAAGCUGCUGGAUGCUCUGCUGCAACCAUCGGUCCCCGUACCCAGAAUCGACCUUCCCCAUCAACUGCUGAGGACCCAGGUGACCCAAGAGUCGGCCUGCAGCCGGGUCAACACCGACCCGAGUGUGCCUGGGUUCAGAGAUGAGCGAGAAGAGUUGGAUGCUACUCAGUGUGCGAAGGAGCCUGGUCCUGACCUGGUCCAGGAACCUGAAGAGGAAAAGGUAAAAGGAGAACCUGGAGAACACUGUAUUGGUCAGCUGCAGGAGGAGGAGGAGGAUGGUCUGUUCAUUCCAAAUGUCUCAGUGAGUAGCUCCAGCUCUGUGCUUUUGAACCAGAAGACUGGCAAGGAUGAAGUCUCUGCCAGUAGGAGGCAAGGUUGGUCAGCAUCAGGGGUCCCCAGUCGUCCGGAAGAAGCUUCGAGCCCCUCGGAAACCUCACCGGAGGCUGACGACGCAGCGUCCACGUCCUCUCUGCUCCCCGAUCCUCUGUGCGUGUGUGACUUCUGCGGUCUGAAGUUCCAGACAUGGACGCUGCUGCAGGGCCACGUCAAGGCCCACAUCAGCGGCUCCCUUGUCAGCUGCUCGUUGUGCGGUGCAGACUUCGGCCUUAAGACUCAACUGCGGCAGCACAUGAAGGCGCACAGCACCCACGACCUGCACACCUGCCCACAGAACUGGAAAGUGCAGAGCCACUCCGGAGAGAAGGCCUACGUCUGCUGUGUCUGCGGGAAGAUGUACUCGAGCCGCGCAGGGGUCGUGUACCACUGCAGGACCCACACGGGCGAGCGGCCCUUCACCUGUCACAUCUGCGGGAAAGCCUUCCGGUGCAAGUCGUACAUGACUGCACACAUGCGGCUGCACACUGGGGAGAGGCCGUUCGCCUGCAGCCGCUGUUGCAAGCGCUUCAAACGCAGGGCUCAUCUGAAACGCCACUGUUUGGUCCACAACAGCACCCCCUCUAGCCCCUGACCCUCGUGUGGUAAACAUGCUCCUCACCUCGUGCUGAGGCCUUCAUGUUUGAGAAGGUCUGGGUCUGCGACCUGCCCUGUCUAAACAGCAGCCCUGGGCAGAAGGUCCCUGCUGUGGUCCAGUCUGUCCACUCUUGCCACACCAGAUGUACCCAGUUCACUUGUUAGUCGAGUUGAA